UUUGUAACGGACUGAUAUGGGCGGAGUUUCGCGGAAGCAUAUCCAAGAUGGCCACCUUCACUGAAAGGAUGGCGCCUGUCUUGGUGCUUUGGCUGGCCGUGUUCCUCAGUGGGACCUGGGCUGUGGACAAGGGCAACUUCAAGACCUGUGACCAGAGCUCCUUCUGCAAGCGUCAGCGAGCAUUGAAGCCUGGUGAGUCUCCCUAUCGAGCGCUGCUGGAGACCAUGGAGCUGACUAACACCAGACUCACGCUGCAGCUCAUCAAUGACAACAACAAGGUGCGCCUGCUGCUCGAGCUCUAUCGUCUCCAGGGAAACAUGACGAGGGUGAAGAUUAACGAGCUGAAGCCGCUGAAGCCUCGCUAUGAGGUCCCAGACGUGCUCAUCAGGGAGCCGCCGACUGAGCCCCUGUCACUCUUGUCUCAGGAUGAGAACGGGGUGGUGCUGUCCCUGGGGGCGGAGUCUCAGAGAGUCAUCCUCAGCGCCCGGCCUUUCCGAUUGGACAUCAUGGAGGGGCGAGACGUGGUGAUGUCGCUGAACUCGCGCGGCCUGUUGGCCUUUGAGCACCUGAGGAUGCGCAAGGACACUUUCUCCUAUAAAGUAACUAGCACAGUGGCUAGCGUGUGGAAUAAUAUCAAGAGAGUAUUCUCUAGCAGUCAGGCAGACCCAGAGGCUGAAAAGAAAGAAGAGGCCGAUCCAGCAGCCCAGCCCGAGGCAGCAAAAGAGGAAGAGAAAGAUGAAGACGGGAUGUGGGAGGAAACUUUUAAAUCGCACACAGACAGCAAACCUAAUGGUCCAUCUGCUGUUAGCUUGGACUUCUCGUUGCCGGGUGUGGAGCACGUCUACGGCAUCCCAGAACAUGCAGACACCCUCAGACUCAAAACCACAGAAAAUGGAGAUCCCUACCGCCUCUAUAACCUGGACGUGUUCCAGUACGAGCUGUACAACCCCAUGGCCCUCUACGGCGCUGUCCCCGUCAUGUUGGCCCACAACGCCCAGCGGACCACCGGCGUCUUCUGGCUCAAUGCUGCGGAGACCUGGGUGGAUAUCAGCUCCAACACAGCUGGAAAAACUGUGUUUGGAAAAAUGCUGGAUUAUGUUCAAGGCUCCAAUGAGACUCCACAGACCGACGUGCGUUGGAUCUCUGAAAGCGGCAUCAUCGAUGUCUUCAUUAUGCUCGGGCCCACACCCAAAGAUGUCUUCUCUCAGUAUGCCUCCCUCACAGGCACCCAGGCCUUCCCCCCCCUCGCUGCUGUGGGUUACCACCAGUGCCGCUGGAACUACAACGACCAGGAGGAUGUGGCUGCAGUGGAUGCGGGCUUCGAUGAGCACGACAUCCCAUAUGACUACAUCUGGCUCGACAUUGAGCACACUGAUGGCAAGCGCUACUUCACCUGGGAUCCACACAAGUUUGCAACUCCAAAGGAGAUGCUGCAGGGUCUCAGUGACAAGAAACGCAAGAUGGUGGCCAUUGUGGACCCUCAUAUCAAAGUAGAUAGCAAUUACAAGAUCCAUAAUGAAAUCCGCUCUCGGAGUUUCUAUAUCAAGAAUAAAGAUGGCGGGGACUACGAGGGCUGGUGCUGGCCUGGUAGUGCCGGCUAUCCAGACUUCACCCGAGCAGACAUGAGGGACUGGUGGGCCAGCAUGUUCGCCUACAAUCAGUACGAGGGUUCCAUGGAGAACCUGGACACGUGGAACGACAUGAACGAGCCGUCAGUGUUUAACGGACCGGAGGUGACCAUGCACAAGGACGCAAUGCACGGAGCCUGGGAGCACCGCGACGUGCACAACAUUUAUGGCUUCUAUGUGCAAAUGGCCACCGCGGAGGGUCUGAUCCAGAGGUCCGGAGGAGUCGAGAGACCGUUUGUUCUGACCAGAGCCUUCUUCGCUGGCUCACAGCGCUACGGUGCUGUGUGGACCGGAGAUAAUGCUGCUGAGUGGGAACACCUGAAGAUCUCCAUCCCCAUGUGCCUGAGCCUGGGCCUGGUGGGCAUCUCCUUCUGUGGUGCUGACGUUGGAGGUUUCUUCAAGUCCCCAAACACGGAGCUGCUGGUGCGUUGGUACCAGACGGGGGCGUACCAGCCCUUCUUCCGGGCCCACGCCCACCUGGACACCCCCCGCCGCGAGCCCUGGCUCUUUGGUCCAGAAAACACGGCGCUGAUCCGUGAAGCCGUGCGCCAGCGCUACACCCUGCUGCCCUACUGGUACCUGCAGUUCUACCACGCUCACCGCACCGGGGAGCCCAUCAUGAGACCUCUGUGGGUGGAGUAUCCUGAGGAUCCUGCUACUUUCGCUCUGGAAGACGAGUUCUUAAUCGGGAGAGACCUGUUGGUGCACCCAGUUACUGAAGAGGGAGCCAGGGGGGUCACUGCGUACCUGCCGGGGAAAGACCAGGUCUGGUUUGACGUCCACACCUUCCAGAAGCACAACGGAGCCCAGAACCUGUACAUCCCUGUCACCAUGAGUUCUAUCCCUGUGUUCCAGCGUGGAGGCUCCAUUAUUCCCAGGAAGAUUCGAGUGCGCCGGUCCUCUUCCUGCAUGAUGCAGGAUCCCUACACCUUAUAUGUGGCCCUCAACCUGCAGAGAACUGCAGAGGGUGAGCUCUACAUAGACGACGGCCACACCUUCAACUAUGAAAAGGAGUUCAUCCACAGGAGGCUGUCCUUCGCCAACAACGUCCUCUCUUCUGUUAACCUGGCUCCAGAGGCCCAGUUCCUCACUGGCUCCUGGAUCGAACGCAUCGUCAUACUGGGAGCCAGUAAGCCCAGCAAGGUGCUCCUGAAGACUGAUGAUGGUCAGGAGAGCCAGGUAGAGUUUGACUUUGACGCCUCCAUGUCGGUGUUGACGCUCCGCAAGCCCGGCAUGAAUGCCGGAGCAGACUGGAACGUGAUGCUUCAGUAACCAUGGAGAGGAAAGGAGGAGGAGGAGAAAAUGACUGACCAGAGAGAGAGAGCAAGAGAGAGAGUCUGAGAGAGAGAGUGAGAGGGAAGCGCUGAUGUCCAUGACUAACUACAGCAAGACAACAGGAUAGCCAUCAUGAAAAAUAAAGGACAUAAACACACACAAUGCAUUAUAUACACACACACACACACACACACACACACACACACACA